GCGAAUAUGAGGGCAAUUGUGGCCUGCCAGGGGAGGAGCUGCCGACUGUUGGGUGCUCACGCGACGAAAAGCCUAUCGAUGUCACCAUGCACAUCCGAACUGCUGUUACUGUGCUUCUGUGGAUAUUGGCAUUGUGGUUCUGCCGCAUCUACCUCACCACCAACAGAACAAUCAACUGGCAACAGAGAUAUGGAGUGGAUGCUGGCAGUGGCUUCCAGGAAGUUGCCCCGAAGGGAGAAGAAAGGGAAUCGGUGGAAGGCAAUGGACCAGUGCCUGCCAUUCCUGUGGGAGAUGCAACAUGUCCAGCAGAGGGGAACGAGGUGCAGUACAACAACAAUAUCAUGCGUUUCCUGCAGAGCCAACUGGACAAAGUGGAGAAAUUGGAAAUGCCACUGUGGGCAAGCGCUGAGUCCAGUGAAGACUUUGCCAAGCAAGUUGCCAAUGGGCAUAGAUUGUUGUCAAAACACAGGAUGUUCCUAGACAUCAGGAACUUCUACAUGAGCAGGGUUGCCAGCAAGGCAGUGGAAGUGAUAUGCGUGCACCUGAAAGAUAUUUUGCAAGAGUGGCACAUGCAACACCAAGUGGGCGUUGAGGAAACUAUACCCCUGGCGAAAGUGAUGGAGGACGAGAAAUGUUUGGACAAUCUCUUGUCCUACAUCCUGAGGGGCAGAGACUGUGAAAUGACGCAACAGCAAAGAGCUCGAUGGGAUGCCAUCAAGAGUGACCAUGAGCGCAAAAUGAGAAUGCUGAUGAUCAUUGAUGAGAAUGAAAUUCAGCUACAUGAGGAGAUUGGUGCUGGUGGCAUGGGAGUCGUUCACAGAGCGGAGUGGGGAACAGCGGAUGUAGCUGUGAAGAAGACUGAGCAAGUGGAUGAACUGCAUGUUCAAAGGCUGGCUGAACUGAUCAAAGAGGGGUGUGUACAUGCAUCGCUGAACCACCGAAACAUCGUCCACCUCUAUGGCACCACUGUCUCAGGCUGGAUUGUCAUGGAGCGGGCAGAUACCACUUUGUGGAAGCUAUGCCACAAAGGGCCAAAAUUGCCAUGGCGCUCAAUUCUGAAUCUCCUUCAACAAGGCGCAGAUGCCCUGGCCUACAUGCACAGUCGCGACCCUGUUCUGGUUCAUUCGGAUGUGAAGCCCCAAAACUUUCUCAUUUUCGGUACGCAGCCUGACGAUUUCUUGCUGAAAGUGUCUGACUUUGGGGUGUCCUUUGAGGAGAGAAAAACGAGAGCCAACACUGUCAGGCUUGGAGGCGGCACGCCCGAGUACAUCGCCCCAGAAAUCUCCCUUGACAAACCCCUCACAAAAGAAUCUGACGUCUUCAGUUUUGGAGUCCUCCUGUUCGAGGUUUUCAGCAGGAAUCACCCCUACGGCAGACUGAGCAGGGACGUUAGGGUUCUGUUUCUCAAGAAGGAUCGUGAGGAGGAUCCUUGCCCAGUCGGGGACCAGGACUGCCCUCCGCAGAUGAGGGAAUUGAUGAAGCGAUGUUGUGCGGCAGACCCUUGUUGCAGGCCAACUAUGGCAGAGGUCAGCCGUCGGUUGCAGCAAUUGUCACCAGAUUGGGUUCCAACACAAGAUCCCACAAUGGAGGACACUGCAAUUGAAUGCCGGUCUGUGGGAACGUCUGAGGAGGCUGCCAAAUGCUCCAAUGGUGGCACUGCGCAGAGGGCCAUGGACAAGCGCGAUAUGAGCCUGUUCACUUCUGGCAAGCUUGGCAGGCCAGAGUCCCCAACAGGAAUGUUUCGCAGCAUCAUAAGUGCACAAUCGAAUGUGGAAGCCGAAGGGCACAGCAGCCAAGAGGUGGAUGGGGAGGAGCUUAUAAUAUUGUUAUGA